AUGGCUGCGACAGCGAGAUCCGAUUCAGAGAUGAAACAGAAGUGUAAAAAGAUGCUAAAUAGUAAAGGAAAAAUGGAUCCAAUUGAAAGAUUAAGAUUACAGUGCCUCAGUCGUGGUUCGGCUGGCAUAAAAGGCAUAGGAAGGUAGGAACUUAACGUUAUCAUUUUGUGUAGCUGACAGUCACCUUCAUCUGCAAAACUUGUUUACCUGGAAGAAUUGCCGCAUGGUGUUUUCCUUUUUUAAGGCUUUCUUUGGUUGUACACGGUUGGUGUCAAAUUGUGACGGAGGGGACGGAAUUUGACGAAUUUUUAUCCAUGAAUUAGGCCGAGAAAAUAGGCUUCCCAGAAUACGAAAUUGUACUGUAUAAAGCUUUGAUAGGGCUUUAUGAACUAUGCCUGAAGCAAGUGAAUGGAAAAUGCAAUCCAUGCAGUUUAGAACGCAGAAGAAAGAAUGGUGCAAUGUAGUCAUUUAGAUCAAACAAACUCUCACUAUUUCAAUUUGCUUUCUACAUGCAAAAAUAUGUAAACAAGUCAAUUCAUAACACAAUUAUGUUUUAUCCUAGUGCAAUCAUAUUCCACUUUUACUUAGAAUCAUUUUUCAUAUUCGUAGUAGUACUUAAACAUCAUUCAAUAGUUUCACUGAUCUUAGUAAUAGCACAUGAUUGCUGCGAGUCCUCCCCCUCGCCCCUCAGUUAAGCUGUGGUUUCUUGGGUGUCCUGUUGCUAUAUGGGCAUUACAACGUGGAUAUAUAUUUGUAAAGAUGAUGUUUAGCUUGCCUAGUCCCUGUACGGCGUUUUCUCAGUCCCUCUCGGUCAAUUCGUUUCUGUGACGUAUCUGAGGCGAACGGGCGGGAAAUGCCUAGACAAAAACAGAAUGCGCAUGCGUGCGUUACUUUUUGAAAUUCAAAGAUGACGUUAAUGUUGUGAGCAGCAAGCAAGCAGGCAGCAGGAGAUUUUGGUUAUUAACCACUCUUGUGGAUAUUUGUAGGAUCGACUUUUGCUGACCGGCUUUGAAAAGUCAUCAGAAUGUUAUUCAUAGUCCUAUGAAGAUUUAUACUGCUCCUUCAAUCUCAUUAUUCCAACUGAGCUAUCGGAGUUUGCCACUCGCGAAUUUUCAAAGUAAACACAAUAUUGACCCGUGUAUUGUAAACUUAGACCUCAAAUCUUGAAUAAUUAGAAAAACCAUACUUUCAAAUAAAAUUCAUGAGCUGCUGCCCAGAAACUGAAUCUAAAAUUAAAAAUCCUAUAAAAUUCCGGACAUUCACAGACGUGAUGCGUGUUUGCUAUGUUUUUAGCCAUUAUUUCUCCUAGUUCCAGCUGUAGUUCUUACUCUUGAAACGAGUGAAGUGUCCGCCAUUUUAGUUUUUACAGCGAAAAAAACUCAAUCUUGUCCCCAGGUCUUCUUGGUUAACGGUGCAUUAAGUUUAACGUGUAGAAGGCUGCAUUUUUGACAUCAUUUCCUCGUUAAACACAAAAUUCUCCCAAAUUUGGUAAUAAGUAACUGGUUAUGGUGAAUUAUGGGUGUGCUUUUAGCCAAUCAGAAUUAGGGAAAUAUUUUGAAUGAAUAAUAAUGUUAUUUAUUUACUGUCCUGGCCCCAGUUGUUUAAAAGGUGGAUAGCGCUAUCUGCUGGAUAGAUCUCUCUCCAGUGGAUAGUGCAAUUGGUUUCCCUAAUACUUAUCCACUGGAUAGAGAUUUAUCCAAUGCAUAGUGCUAUCCAGCUUUUGAACAACUGGGGCCAGGUGUCAAAAUCUUAUUGAGAUCCUACUGGAAGCUCAUUAGUUGAAUUAUGUACAGAAUACUUUUUAAAGGUAAAUGUUUUAUUUCUGUUUUCUUUCUCCACCAGAGUUUUCAGAAUAAUGGAUGAUGAUGCAAAUCGAACGCUGGAUUUUAAUGAGUUCAAAAAGGGUAUUCGUGAAUAUGGCCUUCAUCUUGAACCAAAGGUAUCUUUGCAAUUUGACAUACUUCUUUGCCGGUGCUGGACUGCAAAAUAAAGUUUCUAUCUUUGCAAUGAUCUUGAAUAUUUACAUAGCACCCUGGGGCCACGUAGUUAACCUACAAAAAUAAGGAGCUUAAGCAAUGAUGAUGGUAAAAACACAGUUGGGUUAGAUUGGCAAAACAACGACUCUGCUCAUUCAUCAUGCUUUUUUGUACAUUUCUUUGCUGUCGGUGCAUGUCUAUGACUUGAAGCUUCCUAAUGUCGUGUUUUGUAGAGGAUGGGAGUACAAGACAACGAUUUCCUCUUUCUUUUGUGAAGUCAGGUAUAGUCCUUUAAAAUCCAACUCCUGAAAAAAUCGCCAACCUAUGACAAACUAUAAGAGUUGGGAUGAAUUUGAAACAGCAAGAAUCCUAUUUUUUCGGCUGAAGUUUUUGUCGCUGUUGCUGUUGUCAUUGCUUAAGCUCUCUAAUGUCACCUGACAAGGGGGCAACGAAUCUAGUGACAAACAUACAAGAUGACUCAAAAGAGUGUAUGUUGUGGUUUUGUUUUAUCCUUGGUUUAAGUUUUAUUUUCCUUUGCAGCCCUGCAAGUAGCGACCAUUUUGGUCAUGGCCCCUAAAAGUUUGUAAAAAAGUCUCCCUAAGCCAAAACAGUUGGUGGCCAAAUGGCAACCAAGCAAAAACUUUAACUUGGGGGGUUGCUUUGUAAGUUCCAGACUCAUUACCAUGUAUAACCAUAACCAAACCCAAAGUAAAAUAGUACGAUUAAAAACCAGUGCAAGGACACAAUUGAACCACAACCGAUAAACUAUCACUCAUUGCUUUAAAGUCUUUAAUCGACUUCUUCAUGUACAUAUCCUUUUGUUGGUCUCAUUUGUGAGUGGAUCUUUUAUAUUAUUUAUUAUUGUAGGAGUUGAAGGAAAUGUUCCAAGCAUUCGAUGCGGAUGGCAGUAAUGUUAUUGACUUUGAUGAGUUUCUCCUUGCCCUCAGAGUAAGUUGAAGACUUACAUGUAGUUAAAUUAAUCCGGAUUAUUAGACAGAGGAGAAAAGAACUAUUUAAUUUGCCUCAUGUAUGAAAUUCAUUUGAGAGAACUUCAUUUAUAAGAUAUCUUUAUUGUUCCCCUAUUCCUUAUCCACUGGUUAAACCCAUCAUCAAUUAUAGAUGGGUGAGGGGAUGGUGGUGUGACCAUUCAAUUACAACCUCUCACUUACAGCUGUACUUUCAUCUGGUGUUAUUUGUUUUGGACGUUGUUCUAUCCUUUGAGUCUGUGGACAAAGUCCUAUGGUGUAACCAUUUGAAUGCAACCUCUUACAGUGUAGCUAGUACUUUAACAUGGUACUAUUUGUUUUGUAAAAACUGUGCAUGCGACAAUCCCGAAAGGUAAUAUGGGAUAUGAUCAACGCACUUUUCCUGACACUCAAAGCUGUCAAAUCUACUUUUGUUGCUUUCCUUUAGCACUUGAAAACAUACGUCCAUGGCCUCUUGUGCCAUUCUCACAAAUUUCUUUGAAAAACAGUGAACUCAAAAUCACCCACAGUACCUUUCGGGAUUGUUGUGUGCACUUUUUCCGACAACCUUUCUUGAAAUAGCUAUAUGUACAAUCAUGUACAUGUAGUUCUAUCAUUUGAGUCUGUGGACAAAAUCCUACAGUGUGACAUUUCAAAUGCAUCCCCUCAGGUACUACUUUUACGUGGUGCUAUUUGUUUUUCAGCGUUUUACAUCUAGAAAUUAUUUUUGUUGAAUGAUGACUUUUGGCCCUGGGUGAUAAUUCAAGCAUUUACAAUACUGUGAUGUACGCCAGGGUUUUCAAUGAGAACCGGUGGCCGGCGAAAUUGGCUAGCUAUUUCACAUAAACCAGCAUGCUUUUCUUUGGAAAUUACCCUAGUUUAAGUAGUUGGGUAUUGAUGUGCUGUCACUGAAUAAAAGUGAAAAAGUGUCUUUUUUCUGUCCAAACACUCUAUUUUUUGCUCCAGAAUGCUGGAAAUGCAUUGUAAGAGGGCCAGAUUUCAAUUUUAUUUUUUCAGAAACUUGCAACUUUGCCGUGAGUUUUGUUUUCCUUCUUCACCAACUCCAAAGCUUCUGCCACCUACCUAAAAUCUCAUUGAAAACCAUCAUGGUACAUGUACACCCUGAUAUUCAAUCUUUACUCUUGCUCUGCAGCCACCCAUGAGCAAGGCACGUAAGAAUAUUAUAAAUGAAGCAUUUAAUAAGUUAGACAAGACUGGAGACCAGGUCAUAACAGUGGAAGAUCUUAGAGGGUAUGUACUACUACAUGUACACUGACACCAUCCUGUACACUAUUGUCUGUCAGUUCCAGUAAUAUUUUAGUGGUUAACACUUACAGUUGCCGUAGCUGUGAAUUCAAGCCGUUCAAUCACAUUGAUGUAGAUAAGAAAUAAUCGAUUAAUGGAUACUGAUGACAUACUAUACUACUUGGGAAUAAGCUUUAUCCUAUUUUGUGUGCGUGUGUGUUGGAGGGAGGAGGGGACCAAUGACACUACGAAACAAGUUCCAGUAAUUCAAACGUUGAAUAGCGCUGUCCACCAGGCCCUGGUUGUUCAAAGGUUUGAUAGCAUUAUCCCACUGGAUAAGUCACUAUCCAGCUUAUUAAUAAGUAUUAGGGAAACCAAUUGCAUUAUCCAUCGCAGAGAGAUUUAUCGCGUGGAUAGCAUUAUCCACCGUUUGAGCAUUCUUGAUGCCUACUCAAAGGUACGGUACUACCCUCUUGUGAGAUGAGAAGUUUGUCCAGUCCUUGGGGUUGCCAAUCCAGGCGGACUUGGGGUGGGAGGGGUGACUCCUUCCCUUAACCUUGGACCCUGAUUUGACAACUAUUGUUUUCAAAGGAAGUGAUCUACUAUAAGUGCUGAUUUACGUAUUUUCAAUCGUUUAAUUUUUUAAUUUUUUGCAGAGUAUACAAUGUGAAGGCACAUCCAAAAUAUCAAAAUGGUGAAAUGACAGAGGAUCAGAUUUUCACGAAAUUCUUAAACACCUUUGAAGUAGGUGGUGAUGUGGAUGGAAAGGUGAGUUAACCCUUUAAGCCCCAAUAUCCACAUACAAAUUCUCCAAACUGAUCUCCAUAGAUUUUCUUAAGAAUUAUUUGAGAGAAUUUUAUAAAAGAUCAUGGCAUUUUCCCUUUGGUGAUCAUUUUAGUAAUUCUCAUAACCAUUCCUCUUGACAAUGUAUGCAUAUUAUUAGGAGAAAAUUGUUUUUUGUCACUAUUGGCACGUAAAGUGUUAAGGCUUGUCUCAGUUGAAGAAGAUUCUCUCUGGUUUUGAGAAAUGUGUGUUUCAAAAGCACAAAGCUUCGCUGCAGUCUCCGUCAAAUGAGAAAGACUUGCUAAGGGUGCUUUUCACUUUAAAGCUACAGUUGUUUCUUUUACUAUUGAAGGUUUUUUUUUUACAAUCCGCUCAUGGUUUGAAGGUGUACUUAAAAAGGUCUGAGUGUUUGAAAACUGAAACUGUUGUCAAUGUUGGCACCAUUUGUCAAUAUAAUUACAGUGGGGAGCGAAGCGUUUUCAUAAAUAAACAAGAUCAAUUUUUUCCCCAAGGGUAAACGGCUAUUACUAACUGAAAAUCCAGGUCUGGAAAUUCAAUGUACACAUCUUGGAUUGAACUUAAAAAGAUAAUAUUAAUUAUUGUUCAUUCAAAAAUAUUUCUUCGUUUCUGAUUGGCUUAAAUCUUCAAGCUAAGUCUUCAUAACCAGGUAGCAUUGACCAAAUUAAUUUGGAAGAUGUUUGCCAAUAUAAAUACAAUUGACGUCAAUCAUCUUGAUAUGGACAGAAAAAAGGACGCACGGCCUAUUUUAACAGUGCAGAGCUGUGUCAGAAGUUCUGUUACAAGAAGUAUUUCGGAAUUGAAAAUAUAUGAAAUGAAUCAUGUAUAUACGAUAGAUUCGCAUAUCGUUAUCCGCAGUCCAAAACAUGAUUCAUGAUCAUUUCAUUAUUUCAAUUCAUAUCAUUUCCACUAUCGUGUAAUUACGUCAAUUGUCUUGAUAUCGACAAAACAACGGGCGCACGACCUAUGUUAGCAGUUCAGUUUUGUGUGUCAGAAGUUGUGUUACAAGAUUAGAAUAAUUAUCUAUUCUUUCUGAAUUGAAAUGAAAUGAAUCAUAUUUUGAACUACGGAUAAAGAUAUGUGUACACGAUCUUCGCAUAUCAGAUAUCUUAAUAAUCCGCGUUUAAAAUAUCAUUUAUUUCAUUAUCUCAAUUCAUGUCAUUUCCACCAUCGAUUGCGAACUCACAAUGACCUGCUCUCCAGUUGGCGUGAUUAGCUCAAUAGAUAUAGCGUUGGGUCCGGUCACCGCAAGGGUCAGGGUUCCAUUCCCGGUCCAGCCUGAAUUUUAUCAGGUUCUUUUACAACCGGGUUGUUCCAUUCCCGAAUCCAGUCCACAACAAACACAACUCACGAAAAGUUUCUUGUCAGAUGAAAGGAAAACCGGACAAAAAUGUACCGUUUCACAGUGCAUCAAAAACAGACAUGACAUGACACUGGUACGGUUAUUUUACUUCAGAAGAUAAUGAAUAGACACCGGUAAGCUUUACUGCUAUUUAUACACUGUUAUAUUAUAUGUAGUCCUUCAUACGACACUGUAAAACUUGAAACUUCAUUGCAGGCGAAACGACUUAGAUCGUGUAGGCGAAUCGACCUGGAUGUAGGCGAAACGACUUGUAGGCAAAACGACCGGUUUCCCGAAGGUCAUGUUCGCUUUCAUAAAAUAUCUUUCUGUUGAUAUUCCGUUUUAGAUAACAAGAGAUGAAUUCAUGAAUUACUAUGCAGGAGUCAGUGCAUCUAUAGAUAAUGACGCGUAUUUUCUACUUAUGAUGAAAAAUGCGUAUAAGCUAUGAAUACUACACCCAGCCCUUUUGUCGAACUGCGCAUAUUAGCCGAGGCUGGGCUCACCGUGGAGGCACAUUCGUUCUGCGUAUAUAGAAUAUGAAUUGCUAUGGACUGCAGAAGGAUGAAAUAUAUGUACGCCCACCCUUUAGCAGGCUUCAUACCCAAGACCAGGCGACCGUUAAUUCGAACUUAUUAAUUAGAUAUCAGCUAUAGGAGCUGUGGAACUUACUUCGUUGAUGACGUUUAAUGCUUUUUAAUUCAUAUAGACACUUGCUACGUUGCCCCUGCCAGGGUUCUAUCUAGGAUUUAU